AGACCUCUGGCAGGAGGCGGGGCAUGAACACAAUAGAGGGGUUUUCAACCUUCAACUCAGCAGCAUACAAGGAGAAAGUCAUUUUUAAUUGUUUAUGUGUGUGAUAGUAAACGUGUUAGAAGUGACAUGGGAGAAAUGGCCGCGUGGAGUUGGUCUUCUUGGACAUUAUACUGCAUCGGUUCCGUUACGGUGGUGUACUACCUGCUCAGGUGGUCGUGGCAGUGUUGGCAUGGAUUCAGAGUUUAUGUGAUGUCUAAUUUCUGGCAGACGGACCUGAAGUUAUAUGGGCAGUGGGCAGACUUUGUUUUCACAGUUGUGACCGGGGCUACGUCAGGGAUUGGUCGAGCAUAUGCCGAAGAGCUUGCGAAACGAGGCUUAGACGUUGUACUGAUCAGUCGCUCUGAGGAAAAGCUUCAUGGUGUUGCCAAGGAAAUAGAGUCUCGGUUUAGGCGUCAGACGCGUAUGAUUCAGGCAGACUUCACAGAAGGUCAUUCCAUCUACUCGGCUAUCAAACAGCAGCUGGAGGGCCUGGAGAUCGGAAUUCUGGUAAACAAUGUAGGUAUGAACUAUACUGGAAUUCUGGCAAAUUUCCUAGAUGUUCCAGACCCAGACCAGAGAAUCACACAGGUGAUAAAUUGUAACAUACUCUCUGUCACUCAGAUGUGCAGACUCAUUUUGCCAGGCAUGGUUGAAAGAGGAAAAGGUCUCAUUAUAAACAUAUCAUCAGAGGCCGCCUGUCAACCCCAGCCAAUGCUAUCUGUAUAUUCUGCUACUAAGGUAUUUGUAACAUAUUUCUCUCGCUGCCUGAAUGCAGAAUACAGCUCACGAGGAAUCACAGUGCAGUGUGUAGCCCCGUUUGUGGUUUCUACUAAUAUGACUCAUAAUGUUCCUGUGAAUCCUCUGGUGAAAAGUCCUGAUUCAUUUGCUAGAGAUGCUCUGAACACCGUUGGAUACACAACAUACACAAGUGGAUGUUUAACUCAUGCACUACAGCACAUUGCUCUAUCCAUCGUUUUUCCCGACUGGCUGCGUCUCUCUUCUUUCUGUGUGCAGCACAUGGCAAAAUUUGCUAGCAAAAUUGAACCAGAAAUUACGAAAAGAAUAAACAACAAACAGGACUGACCGAAGCAAACACACAUAGUGGUUUACAAAGUUAAAGCUGGUUAGGAUUGCAGACAAACAAACAUUUAUUUAUAUUUAUAUAUAUGUAUGGCACCCACUACAAAUUUGUGUUCAUGUUUUUCUGCAUCCAAAUCUAAAAAACCCAUUUACAUUGUAUGACAUGCUAAACCUUCAUUCUCUAUUAAUGUACAUAUAUUUAUAGCAAUGUACUUUAAAGGCGGGGUGCAUGAUCUCUGAAAGCCAAUGUUGACAUUUGAAAUCAACUAGACAAACACAUCCCUACCCCAAUAGAAUCUGUACCACACAUACGCAACCCAGGCAACGAUGUCGGUUAGCGAUGGGAGAAACGAAGCUUUUCGAAGCUUCGAAUCAAUUGAACCAAUUGCUUCGAAAAUUGAUUCAGUUUUUAAAAUAUGUUAAAAAAAUUAUUUAACUUAAUUAAGACAUAGUUAAAGUGUAUUAUGUGUUAUUAGUUUUAUUUAGGGCAAACAAAUGAUUAAAACUAACUACCCUUUGAAUUAUGCACAUUUUUGUUAUUAAAUCUGUCUAUAAACAAAAAGUAGACAAAAUGGCAGUGUUAUUAGUCAGAAGGAUAAAUGUUUUAUGAACUUUCAUAAUAAAACUGACCCGAGUUCACCUAAACAUAUUAGACACUGGUCAUGUGAUCAACUCCCCCUAGUGGUGAACCAUCGGAUUUUCGAAACGUUUCGAAACAGUUAUGACGUAAUGAAGCCUCGUUUGCUAAAAUCACGUGACUUCGGCCAGUUUGAAACAAGCUCCAAACCACUGAUUCGAAACAAAAGAUUCGUAAAUGUUUCGAAACCUCAUGAAGCAGUGCUUCGAAAACGACCAUCACUAAUGUCGGUUAGUAGACACUAAAAUCAUGCACCCUACCUUUAAUUCGAUUCCCUGGUAUUCCUGAAAAUGAAAUCAAGUCAAAGUGGUUGGUAGCCUAGGCCCUAGGGUUUCACUACACAACUUUCCCUAAAUCGGAUUAAGUGACAGCAUGAUCACAUGUUGUGAUUUUUUACGUGUUUCAUUUGCCAGUCAGGUUGCACAAUUGAACAAAUGAAUAGUCUAAUUUUAAUUUUACAAGUACAGUGUGUUAACUGUAACAUUGUUUAAUUAUAACAAAUAUGACAUUUUCUACGGUCUACCAGUUAAAAAGGGGACAUGUCAUAAAAAUCUGACUUUUUUCCAUGUUUAAGUGCUAUAAUUGGGUCCCCAGUGUUUGUGUAAACCUAGGAAAUAUGAAAAGAUCAACCUAGUAACUUAGUUUUGGUAAACCAUUCUCUGCAAGCAUGUGAAAAAAUAUGAAAUUUGGCACCCCUUGUGGUGUCAGAAGGGGACAAUACCGCCCUUUAAUGUGCACUAUCCAACCACGGCAAAGCAUUUUAGUGCAGAGAUCAACUCAUUUGCAUUUAAAGAACACCCAAAAUGGCAUUUUUCCUUAAACCUACAAAGUGGCAAUUUUUAACAUGAUAUAAUAAAUGAUCUAUAUAUGGUAUUUUAAGCUAAAACUUCACAUUUGCACUCUGGGGACUCCAAAGAUUUGACAUCUUAGUCUUGUGAAAUGUCCCCUUUAACACUAUCUGUGCUAUUUACCUGCUUUUGUUUGUUUAUGCCGUUUAUUCCCAGAAAUAUGAUAAAGCUCCAUAGGAAAAGAGUGCAGCUCAAUAACUACUAGAGGUCAUAAUCACGAUUUUCCACUGUGUACAUGUAUAACAUAUUUAUUGCUUAAUGUUUAACGAAGAACACACUAUAGUGAUAGAAAAUCAUUUUAAUGUCAGCAUAAAACAAUGAAGGAAGAAAAGAUGACUGUAUGUUAGAAUAAUUUUUUUAUUAUAAGGUAAUUCAUUUUCUUAUUUAGGAAAGAAAGAGAUCAUUUAGAGAAGUGGGAUACCGGGAGAAAUAAAACACACAGACACAAGAGUACAGUUGUUUCAAAGCUCUAACAAACAAUAGGAAAUCCUAGGCAUACGUUUUUCCUAUGCAUAAUGCAUAGCUAGGAACAAGCAAGUGGAUAUAUGCAAAUAAUCCUUAGACAGUAAUAUUUUAACUUUGUUACUUUGCUGUUUUUAUAAUGCUUACUGUUCAGUUUAUUAUCCUGUAUUGUAUAUGGUAACAAUAGCUUUAAGUAUAUUAAUACAAACAAUCUUUGAUUUUACAUUUUGUACAUACAGCAAUUCAUAGCAGUGUAAAUAAACAAUCAGAACGGAA